UGGGAGAAUCGGAUGCAGACACAAACAUAUAUUGUAUAACGAUGAUUAAAGGAUCUGCCAUUCUAAAUUCUACUUUGAAAAACUGGGAAGCCUCUUCAGUGUGAAGUUGAACUAGGCAUUUGACACCUGUCCUGAACAGAAGUUGAAGCAAAGAUGUCCUUCAUAGAUCCUUAUCAACAUAUUGUGGUGGAGCACCAGUAUUCCCACGUAUUCACUGUGACAGUAAGGAAAGCCACAAAUGUCACAAAAGGAGCGAUUGGCGAUAUGCUUGACACUCCAGAUCCCUAUGUGGAGCUGUUCAUCCCAUCAGCCCCUGACUGCAGGAAGAGAACUAAACAUUUCAAUAAUGAUGUGAAUCCCGUGUGGAACGAGACCUUUGAAUUCAUUUUGGACCCCAAUCAAGAAAAUGUUCUGGAGGUCACUUUGAUGGAUGCCAACUAUGUUAUGGAUGAAACUCUUGGCACGUCCACAUUUCCUAUAUCCUCCCUGAAACUGGGAGAGAAGAAGGAAGUCCAGUUAACUUUCAACAAUGUCACAGAAAUGACUUUGGAAUUGUCUCUUGAAGUCUGCUCUUCCACUGAUCUUCGAUUCAGUAUGGCUCUGUGUGAUGAGGAGAAGAAAUUUCGGCAGCAGCGGAAAGAUAAUAUCAUGCACAGUAUGAAAUCAUUUCUAGGAGAAGAAAACAGCAAGAACCUGACCACUUCCCGUGAUGUACCAGUGAUAGCGAUACUGGGUUCAGGUGGGGGAUUUCGUGCCAUGGUAGGCUUUGCUGGAGUCAUGAAAGCACUCUACGAUUCAGGAAUUUUAGACUGUGCGACUUACAUUGCUGGCCUCUCAGGAUCUACAUGGUACAUGUCGACUUUGUAUUCGCACCCGGAUUUCCCAGAAAAGGGACCGAAGGAGAUUAAUCAAGAACUGAUGAACUCUGUCAGUCACAACCCGCUCCUGCUGCUCACUCCUCAGAAAGUCAAACGCUACAUUGAAGCCCUGUGGAAUAAGAAGAGCUCAGGGCAGCCUGUCACCUUCACCGAUAUCUUUGGAAUGCUGAUAGGUGAAACACUCAUCCAUAACAGAAUGGAUACCACUUUGAGCAAAAUGAAAGAGAAAAUCAAUAACGCACAGUGUGCUCUCCCACUCUUUACAUGCCUCCAUGUCAAACCAGAUGUCUCGGAGCUUAUGUUUGCAGAUUGGGUGGAAUUCAGUCCAUAUGAGAUUGGUAUGGCAAAGUAUGGCACUUUUAUGUCUCCUGACUUGUUUGGAAGUAAAUUUUUUAUGGGGACAGUAGUGAAGAAAUAUAGUGAAAAUCCCUUGCAUUUCUUAAUGGGCGUCUGGGGCAGUGCAUUUUCUAUAUUAUUUAACAGAGUGCUUGGAGUCUCCAAUUCUCAAAUUAAAGGUCCCACCAUGGAAGAAGAAUUAGAGAAUAUUAGGCUAAAGCACCUUGUGAGCAAUGACAGCUCAGACAGUGAGGAUGAAUCACAGCAUCCAAAAGGGACUGAAAAUCCUGAGGCAAACCAAGCAUAUCAGAACAACAGCCAGGAAAGCUGGGUGCAGCGAAUGCUGAUGGCUUUGGUGGGUGACAGUGCCCUUUUCAAUACCAGGGAAGGGCGUGCUGGGAAAGUGCACAACUUCAUGCUGGGACUGAACCUGAACAGUUGUUACCCGCUCUCCCCUCUGGCAGACCUCCUCACUCAGGAAUCUGUGGAAGAAGAUGAACUGGAUGCAGCCGUUGCAGAUCCUGAUGAAUUUGAGAGGAUAUAUGAGCCUCUAGAUGUGAAGAGCAAAAAGAUUCACAUAGUGGACAGUGGGCUUACAUUUAACCUGCCCUACCCACUUAUCUUAAGACCUCAAAGAGGGGUUGAUCUCAUCAUCUCCUUUGAUUUUUCAGCAAGGCCAAGUGAUUCCAGUCCUCCUUUCAAAGAAAUUUUGCUUGCUGAAAAAUGGGCCAAAAUGAACAAGCUUCCUUUCCCCAAAAUAGAUCCAAAUGUAUUUGAUCGAGAGGGCUUGAAGGAAUGCUAUGUUUUUAAACCAAAGGAUACCUCUUCAGAGAAAGACUGUCCAACUAUAAUCCAUUUUGUUCUGGCAAACAUCAACUUUCGGAAGUACAAGGCUCCAGGUGUCCCAAGAGAAACACAGGAAGAGAAGGAUUUUGCAGACUUUGAUAUUUUUGAUGAUCCUAAUUCACCAUACUCUACCUUCAACUUCCAGUAUCCCAAUGAGGCUUUCAAGAGGCUACAUGAUCUAAUGGAGUUCAACACCCUCAAUAACAUCGAUGUGAUCAAGCAAGCUAUGAUGGAAAGCAUUGAAUACAGGAAGGAGAAUCCAUCCCGCUGCUCAGUGUCUCUAAGCAAUGUCGAAGCAAGGAGAUUCUUUAAUAAAAACAACCUUAACAAAAACCAUACGUAGAGGAUGUGCUGUAGCUCCCACUCCUCGAAGAGGCUGUCUCUACCUUUAUAACUGGAGUUGAAAAGACAUUAUAAAGAGCAUUGCUGCUCUUGAAAAGGGCUGUGCAAGACUCCUGAAAACUGUUUCUUAUGAAUUUCCAAGUUUCAAUAUUAUUUUGUACUUCUUACUUUUAACCUAAGAAUUGAAAACAUUUCAGUGUGCUGGUCAUUCCCUUCUUUUAAAAACUAUGGAAUUAGGUGAUUUUGGCUAUAGAAUCAUUUGGUUCACAGUAGGGGAGGUGUUGUAUUUUUUGUUUGUUUGCCUUGUAAGUACUAGUUUUUCCCAGUAGGGCAAUUUUCUUAUUUUUAGUUGAUGUAAACUGAGCAUAUCUUCAACUAUGUGAUGAGAUUUGAAACACGAAAGAAUAAAAUUUUAAUAACAGAAAUGAUAUAGAUGUAUACCUGGACUUGGGCCCAGAUCCCGCUCCGCUUUGUAUAAAUGAGAAAACUUGCUUUGACUUUUGUUGAAAAGUCAAUAAAAAUCAAUAACUGAUAACUAUUGCUA